AGGGAAGUCCCCACUGCUUUCCAUUCCUUUCUCCCUUCCAUUUCAACCGCUUCUCAACACACAGUCCAGAAAUCCAGAAUCCCAAACCUCAAAAACCAACCAAAAUUCAUAAGAAAUACUGAGGGAGAAUCAUCUCCCUCACCCCCUCAUUCAACCUCUGAAGCUGAGGAAGAAGAACCAGUAGCCAAGAUGGAUGGAGCCCUGACAUCUAGAUAUUGGUGUUACCACUGUUCAAGGGUGGUGAACCCAAUCAUGGAGGUUGAGCCAAUAAAAUGCCCCAUCUGUCAAAGUGGCUUUGUGGAGGAAAUGGAAUCUGCAGCCGCCCCGGAAACAACAACUAACGAGAACGCCUUCGAUUUUGCGGGGCCUGAUUCUGAACGAGCGCUCUCUCUUUGGGCGCCAAUCUUACUCGGCAUGAUGAGCAACCCACGUCGCAGCAGGCGUAGUAGCAGCAGCAGGUUCAGGCGCAUGGAGUUUGAAGAAGAGGACGAUGAGGACAAUAACAAUGAGCGUAACCACCACGAGGAGGGUGAUCAGACUGAGCUAGACCGGGAACUGGAAUCUAUCAUUCGGAGGAGGAGGAGGAGCUCCGCCACGAUUCUCCAACUCCUCCAAGGCAUUCGUGCUGGAAUGUUAUCCGAGACGGAAAAUUCUGAAGGUGGUGGUGAUGAUAGGGAGAGGGACAGGGACAGGGACAGAGAGAACAGGGAUAGGGAGAACAGGGAUAGAGAGAACAGGGAUAGAGAGAACAGGGAGAGAGAGCGCGUGAUUUUGAUAAAUCCUUUUAAUCAAACCAUAAUAGUUCAGGGUUCUUAUGACUCGAAUACCAAUUCGGGGAACCAUAACAUGGGCUCAUUGGGCGAUUAUUUCAUAGGACCCGGUUUAGACAUGCUACUGCAGCACUUGGCUGAGAACGACCCGAACAGGUAUGGCACCCCGCCAGCUCAAAAAGAGGCAAUCGAGGCGAUGCCAACGGUAAAAGUUGAGGAUUCAAUGCAGUGUUCUGUCUGUUUGGAAGACUUUGAAAUCGGGUGUGAAGCAAAAGAGAUGCCUUGUAAGCACAAGUUCCACAGCGGGUGUAUCCUGCCGUGGCUCGAAAUUCACAGCUCCUGUCCCGUCUGUAGGCACCAGCUGCCUUUCGAUGACUCAAAGCUCGAGCCCAACGGGUCCCGGGAUAAUGCAGAGAUGAACAUGGAUGGCAAUAGAGGAGACCCUAAUGGAGAUGCAAGAAAUGAAAAUGGACGACAGUUUUCAGUUCCGCUUCCCUGGCCAUUCAGUAGUUUGUUUUCACCUUCACCCUCAACCUCGACCUCGGGGCCCCAAUCUAAUGGACCAUCAAGCCCGCCAACAAAUGCUGCCCCGGGGGCUCAUAGUCAUACACACGAGGACUAAACUUACGAAAGCUCGUAAGUCAUUGCCAUCUGGUGUUGUAUGUUGUGUGGACGUCGUUUGCCCUUGCUGCUGCUCAUGUACAUAGCGCUUUUACAUGCUACAUUAUUAUAAGUUUGCGAUAUAUGAAUGAAUGAUUGUACUUUUGCCAGCCUGUAACUAUAUGUAUGCCAUUGUUAGACACACCUGCAAACAGCACAUCUGCCGGAGGUUUUCCUUUUUGUAUAGUUUCCAAUAUGAGAAUGAGAUUCUCUAUUUGCA